GUAACGAUUAAUGUGAUAUAGCGUAACGUGAUCUUGCUUCAUUAAUUUGUAUACAGUUAUAUAAAAUUUUUAUUGCUUCACAUAUAGAGUUGAAUAAAAUGUGUUUAAUCAUAAUAAUAAACACCCUAAUGUAAGGUUAUAAAUAAUGCGUCUUUACAAAUAUGUAUAAUGCAAUAAAAAAAUGUAAUAGAAUGCUUAUCAAUGAGCACAAUACAAAUUCAUAGGAUUCUUCUACUGUUAUAGUGUAAUCAAUAGAAUUUUAUGGUGCAACAAGUGUAAAUACACCACGCAUCAUGAUUCCUUUAUGAUGCAUCGUAUGAAAGAUCAUAACGAGGAAAGGGCAGCUGACGAACACAUCUUCGAGAGCUAGCAGGAAAGUGAAAGACAUAGUUACAACAAAGUGAAUGACUUGGAGAACAAGGAGAAUGAAACAGGAUGAUAAAGCGAUGGAGGUAACACUUUUGGAGCCGGUUCAGUCAGUUUUCCCUAUUACUCAAUCAACCCCACUAUUACUGUUGAAUUUAUCAAAUUAUAAUCAUCUAUAUGCUUCCGCUACAUUACCAGCGAGUGUUUCCACGUUGUCCCAAGAACAAAUGUAUGUUCUGCAGCCGAUUGACACGGCUGAUAUUGAAAACUUGAGGAAGAUAAUAAGAUUGGACUUGGAUCCUGAGCAGAAAAUGGAAAUGAAGUGCGAAAGUAGAAAAUGAAUAACUUUGAAAAAGGAUGGAAGUCUAGAACUGAUAGAGAUGCCUUGGAACGAGACAGAAGGAUCGAAUAUUGACGAUGGUGUUUGAUUAACUAUGCAAAAAUGAAAGACACUUUAGUAUUACAUUUGGUUGCUUUAACUGUUGAAAAACUCAGUGUAAUAUACAGAAAUUUAUUAUAAUUCUAAUGCUAUAAAUGAAGUAACUUUAUUCGUCAUACUUGAAUUUUCGCAUGACACUCGCAAUGAUGUUUAUUUUGCUGAUCAAAGCUGUGUCAUGUUGACAAUACAUCGAUGUCAAUUGACUCACGGUUGGAAAAAUUGCAGUUUCGCUCUUUCAAUUUUAUUUAUAUUGCUAAUUGUUAUUCCUCUUAAUCGUAUGUUACUUCGUAAACAACCGUCGUUGUUUGAAUAAUGCAUACUUUCAUUAAAUGUAAUUUAAAGAAAAGAAUUAUAAUAAAAAAAUUUAUCUCACG